AUGUCAGCGUUUUCAGCGAUCCGCUUGCCGCACCUUUCGACAACCGAGGCGUUCCAGAUACACCUGCAACAGUAUCCUUUCAGUGGUAUGCCGCACGCCAACUAUGCCGCUCAGGAACGCAUGGCACUGCCUCCUCUCAAUGUACUGCCGUCGCGUGUGUACGCAGCGGCGCCGAUGACAGCCAUGGUGGCUUCUCCGGCCGCGACGCCGUCGAACCAGCCUAUUCAUUCGCCUGCCAAGAAGCGUGCUCGUGCGUUGCCCAACGCUUCCAAGUCCAUCACGCUGGACAUGCUGCGCCCACACUUCGAGAAGCCGUUGGCCGAAGUGGCCAACAUCUUUGGUAUCUGUAUGACGCUCAUGAAGAAGAUCUGCCGUAAAAACGGUGUACCACGCUGGCCGCACCGUCAAAUCCGCGGACUGCACAAGAGCAUCUGGUCGAUUGAGAAAGCUCUGCGUUGCUGCGAGUCCGAGGCUCAGCGUCGUUCAUACAGCGACCACCUGCUGAAGCAGCGAGCGAAGCUGCUGACGAUCCUUAAGGGACCUGCCAGCCCGAGCAGCAAAGCUGCUUUCGAGCUUGUUCUGUCGGAGCCGUGCUCCCCGAUGAGUGAGGUGGCCGUCCAGAAGACUCAAAGCCCGAGCUUCUUGCCCGCACAGGUGGUCUAUGGAUCACCCAAGCUGCCGUCGAUCGCGUCACUCCUUAUCAAGAAUGAGGAGCAGCGCCCUAGCUACAACUACCAGUUUUAA